AUGGCGCUUUCGAUCUUUUGCGCUCUACUCACGCUUCUCGCUACACUCACUUGCGCGUCUACCAACGGCCGUCAAGCAGGACGCCACGAUGCACUUGGAAGGGAGACGAAAAUAGCCAUCGUCGGUGCAGGACUCAGCGGCGCCAGCACAGCAUACCAUUUACGCGAGAAGGCUCCUCCGGACCAACCACUCUCGAUCACGAUCUUCGACUCUAGCGAACGCAUCGGCGGACGAGUCGCUUCAUUCCCAGUACCGGAUACCCAGAACCGGACCAUUCUCGAAACUGGUGCUGCCAGUUUCUUUACGGACGAUGAAUGUAUCACGCAAAGCGUUGAGAAGCUGGACCUGGCUCUGGUAGACAAGGAAACUUGCUGGUCGCUUUUGGGAUGUCUUCACAGCCCAUUAAGAAGAACAGGCAUUUGGAACGGCAAGGAAAUUAUCGGCAAGGCAUUGCUUGCUUUGGGACUGAGCGAAUGGUUAGAUAAGCACGGUCUGCUCUGGAUUGUGAAACCAGUCGUAUGGUCCAACAACAUGUCCGUAUGGGAUACCUUGCGUCUCCUCCACUGGAACGAUCUGAAGUUAGACCCUGGGCUGCAGGCCUCGUGCGACUUCACGUCUCCAUCUAUUUGGAGACGUAUCCACAUGCGUUACGAGUACGGCAGCUCGCCUGCACUCUUCCGGCGAGCGGUCCAUACCACGACUGAGAGAUUCCAGCAUUUUGGACGUACGGACCGAUUCAGCGAAGUUGGUGAAGAGCUCAGAAGGGUAGGUCUGCAUGGCGACAUCGCAAAACUCUCCGCUGCGGACUAUCUUACAGGCCUUGGUACCACCGAGCUAUUCCAGAUCGAGGUCAUCGAGCCAUGUGUACGCGCGCGUUCCUCUCUUGAUCUAACACAGCUGGGCUCGCUGUCGAAAAAUCUCUUGUCGCCGCUAAGUUAUACAUCAACGCACGUUACCUACUUCGCUACCGAGCAUGCGUUCAAGUCGAAAUAUCUCAACUUAGCCGUUGACGCUGACAUCCCCGACCGUCUCCUAACGACAUCCGCGGAGUCCAAUCUGAUGUCGCUCACCAAGUGGGACGGAAUGGGUUUCUACUGGGAAGACCGGUUUUGGCGCAAGAGGCCCUGGAUGACACCAAGCAAGCCGGAAGACUAUGAGUGUGCGAACGGCAGAUUUCAUUACGAGAACUUGUAUCGUGUGAUGACCCGUCGACACGUCUCCGAUCGCGGGCUUGCUGCCAUGAUUGGGAAGAGCUGGGAGGAUGGUCAGAAUGCUACCGAUGUCGGUUUCAGCUGGGUGCAUCGACAAGAAUGGAACAAAUCGGUCCCGAAAUUCGGUAAUGAGAGGGAUAUAUCGGAAGAUAUUGAGGUGAUGGAGGGUCUUUUCUGGCUUGGUGGUUCGGAUGAGGUCAUGUCUUCACUCGAGAUGAGUUGUAAAAUGGGGAGGAAUGUGGCCUCGAAAAUCAUACACGCGCAGGACCGGGAAACCUCUAGGCGCGCACAUGGCGAACUGUAUUUGCGAUAG